UGGCGGCCUCCUGGACAUACAUGUGUACAGGAUUAUUUUAAUCGGAAAAUUUAUUUUGUAAUCCACACAACUGGUUACUUUUUUAAUACCCGGAUCUGCCACCAACCAGAUUUUUAUUUUAUACGACAUCAUGUUACUUUUGAAACAAUACAGGUGUCAACUUUGUCGCUGUUUUAAGGUUGUAAGAAAUAGGUGUAAUGACAGUCAUGACAGUGCAAUUUGCACUGCGAGUGCAACUCCAACAUAUCCGAGUUCAGUCGUGUCGUCUGUGCCAGUGUUGACUGCUACAUUUUUGAGAGCAAAAAUAAAUGAAAGUGGGAGAGAUCUUCAGUAUCGGAGGACAUUUUGCACAUCUGUGAGAACAGCAGCAGACCAAAAGAAGUUGGGGGAUGCCGUUGACAUGUCAGUGUAUCCAGCGGAGAACAUCCGGAAUUUCAGCAUCAUUGCUCACGUGGACCACGGCAAGAGCACAUUGGCUGACAGACUGCUGGAACUAACAGGUACCAUCUCCAAGAAGUCAGACAACAAGCAGGUGUUGGACCGACUUCAGGUGGAGAGAGAGCGAGGUAUCACCGUCAAGGCUGUCACCGCGUCAAUGUUCUACACACACAGGGGAAAGAAAUACCUACUGAACCUCAUUGAUACACCGGGCCACGUAGACUUCAACUAUGAAGUGUCCCGCUCUCUCAAAGCCUGCAAGGGGGUGGUACUCCUAGUGGACGCAAACCAGGGAGUUCAGGCUCAGACGGUGGCCAAUUUCUACCUGGCGUUUGAGUCUGAUCUGUGCAUCAUCCCUGUCCUAAACAAAAUUGAUUUGAAGUUUGCUGACCCUGAGGCAACAGCCAAUCAGAUCAAAACACUGUUUGAUAUUGAGAAGGAGGAUAUCUUGUCAAUUUCGGCCAAGCUUGGAACGGGAGUGAAUGAAAUUUUACCAGCUGUCAUUGACAGGAUACCACCCCCUCAGAGUGACCUGGAGGCACCGCUGAAGGCACUGAUCUUUGACUCAUGGUAUGACCAGUACCGAGGCGCCAUCACCAACAUUGCUAUCAUCGACGGCAAGCUGCGGAAAGGAGACAGGAUUACCACGGCCCACUCCGGCAAGACCUAUGAGGUGCAGGAGUUGGGCAUCAUGCAUCCGGAGCAGGUGGCCUGCAAGGAGCUGUAUGCUGGGCAGGUUGGCUACAUGAUUGCUGGUAUGCAUAACUUACAAGAGGCUCGAAUUGGCGACACCAUCUACCAUCAGAACAAAGAGGUAGAACCACUGCCAGGUUUCAAGGCUGCCAAACCCAUGGUAUUUGCCGGUCUGUACCCAAUCGACCAGUCUGAGUAUCUGGCACUGAGAUCUGCAAUAGAAAGACUCACACUCAACGAUAGUAGUGUGACGCUCAGCCGGGAUAGCAGCCCGGCCCUGGGCCAAGGAUGGCGGCUAGGCUUUCUGGGCCUUCUCCACAUGGACGUCUUCAACCAGCGACUGGAGCAGGAGUUUAACGCCAACGUUAUCGUCACUGUCCCCAGCGUGCCAUACAAGGCCAAGAUGAAGGACACCAAGGCCAACCGCCAGCAGUAUGGUGAUAAUGAGGAGAUCACGAUAUAUAACCCGUCAUUGUUCCCAGAGAGGCAGCAGGUCAUUGAGUACAUGGAACCAUUGGUUCUAGGAACAGUCAUCGCACCAGAUGAGCACAUCGGCAAAGUCUUCAGUCUGUGCCUGAGUAGGAGGGGUGAGCAAGUUGAAUAUGUUUACAUCGACACAAAGCGGGUGCUGCUUAAGUAUAGAUUGCCCUUGAAUGAGAUUGUGGUAGACUUCUUUGAUCAGCUGAAGUCAGUUACAUCAGGGUAUGCAAGCUUUGAUUACGAAGACUGCGGCUACCAGGCAGCUGACCUGGUCAAGCUCAGCAUCCUUCUGAAUGGCCAAGAGGUAGAGGAGCUGGCGACUAUUGUCCACAGGGACAAGGCCAGGGAGGUCGGCAAGGCAGUCUGCACUAAGCUGGUGGAUACUAUCCCUAGGCAGCUGUAUGAGGUAGCCAUACAGGCAGCCAUCGGCGGCAAGAUUGUGGCCAGAGAGAACAUCCGGGCACUGAAAAAGAAUGUCCUGGCCAAAUGCUAUGGUGGCGACAUCACCCGGAAAAUGAAACUUCUAAAGAGGCAGUCAGAGGGCAAGAAGAGAAUGAAAAUGUUUGGUAAUGUGGAGGUACCCAAGGAGGCCUUCCUCUCCAUCCUCAAGAGGUGACGGCAUCGUAGCCGCCGCGAGGUGUUUCAGUCAACUACCUCACAAGGAGGCACCGCCACCUGUUGCCUCAGUCAUGACUAUAGACUCUUGGGGAUGAGAACCUCCUAAGGAUUAGAGUGCUAAUUGAAGGAAGUGAAGAGAGCAAAGGCUAAGCUGAGGUGCCCCUCUUUUGGCCUCAAGUAUGUCAUAAUCAAGAGUAGACUCUUUUCAAGCCAAUAGCCUCUGCAGGUUGACAGUACAUCUUCAGAGUUGGCAGCAGUGGGCAAGUGAACUGCCACUUCUUUUAUCUUAAUAUAUCAAACUAGAAAGUAGGUUAUUUUCAAAAUAACCUCCUUUGUGCACUAAAGAGUUUAUUAGCCUUAAAUGAAUCCCCCCCGGCGGUUGGAAAAAUGCAUAUGAAAGUGGAGGAAUCGGGACUGAUCAAAAGGUUGGAAAAGUAUGGGAUGAGUUGAAGAACUCCCAUUACCUCCGCUAUACCUAACAAGACAUUAGACUCUUUUCAAGCCAGGCAUUAGACUCGUUUCAAGCUUAAAAAUUUGUUAGUGUUUGAGUGGACCUUCAAAGAGAUAACAGCAACAGGUGACAAAUAAGCUUGCAUUCUGCUGUCAUUUGAGUUAUUUUAAACCUAACACUGGACACUCUUCAAGAUGUGAACCAUAAUUGAUGAGGUCCAUACACAGCUUUCUCUGCUGCCAUUACUGUAGAGGACAGCGUUUGAAAACUGUUGGAAAAUUUGGCACAUAUAUUUUGGUGCUUGACAAAAAGAUUUUUUGAUACAAAAGUGUAAAUGAUACCACAGGAAAGAGCUUGCAAUCAGCUUAGAAAUGACACCAAGAUCAUGUCUCUUGACCACUUAUGAAGA